AUGAAGACGGCACAGAGCAAUGCAGCCGGGGAGUCGCCCGGCCAAACCCAGGACGCCAAGAAGCAAAGAAAGCGGGACGCCGAUCGACUGGCCCAGAGAGAGCAUCGACGUCGCCAGAAGCAGCACAUUCAGGAUCUCGAAGCCGAGAUAAGGCUGCUAAAGGAGCAGCCGAGCCACGGCCAAGUAGUGCAGCUGGUUGAAGAGAACAGGCUCCUGAAAGAAGAGCUUGCGGCUCUUCGCGGUGUCCUGGAAAGCGUGCGCUCUCUAUUGGACAUAUUGCCUUCCAACAGUCCCGGUAUUGGGGCGUUGACGCCUCGUAGGGCUUUAGGUGUCUCACCCUUCGCUGCCCGAGCGCACUUCACGUCGGAGGAUGCCCUUCCUGGCGUUGAGCCUGGUACAGCUUCCGGGCCUUUGGCAUCAACUCUUCCGUGCCCGGGCACAGCAUUUGAUUUGCUAGCUGAUCAAGAUGCUUCAUUAUUUGCGAGCUUUAGCGCCCCGUUCACACUUCAACCUUCCACAGCCGUGCACCAGAACCAUCUCAGUCUUCCUUCUCAUUGUCCUUCGAGUCCCGAGGAUCAACGCAUCGCUACCCUCAUCCACAGGGUCAAGUGUGGCGAGUUGCUGCACGCUGCUGACCCUCCGGGUCUGAUGGAAUACAUGCUUGACGGCUCGCGUGAUAGCCUGGCCGGCUGUCUCAAGGAUUACCUGGAACCACUUAGCCGGGCACGAAAGAGCUUGGAGCUCUUGGCAACAUACUGGAUUGUCUAUACUAUGGUCAUUUGGCAGGCAUACCAAACCCCAGAAUGCUUCGAAAGGCUUCCGCCUUGGCUUCGUCCAACCGAAUGUCAGAUUGAGGCACCGCAUCCAAUGUGCAUCGACUUCAUACCUUGGCCGCUCCUACGGGAUGGACUCAUCAGGAUGUACUCGAGCGACUGGAGCAAGGCCUGCAAUGUUCUAGCAGCCCUCAGCGAGCAUAUGGAGUUCACUGCCGAUGCUCUGCUCCAUCAUGACCUCUCGGCUAGUUCGUCUCUGCGCUUGGUUUUUGGUGCUAUUGAUAACUGGAAACUCGGUGAAGGAUUCUUUCACAAUUACCCCGAAUUCCAAGGGUUGUGCGAAUGGUAG